UGCUAUAUGCACAAAGAUCUAAAUAUGGUGAAGGGAGGAGACAAGGCAAUCAGUGAAUUUUGGAAAUCAAAAGGACUUAUGCUACUGACUCUCCUUGCAAAUAAGGAUAAUGCAGCUGUUCUUGCCUCAACAUCUGUUGGAGGAGAGCACACAGCUGCUGAAAUUCACAUGGAAAAAGUUUCUGGCCAUGGUGAUGUCAAGACAAUGAUGCUUGGUGGCCUUCUUUUCCAUCACAAAGAUGACAAGAAGGGCCAGCAGGACACAUUCUUGUGGUUCUUCAGGCAGAAACUGGGUUGUGACAUGGCUUAUUCUGGGAUGAGCAGUACACACUAUCAAUCUAACUGUGAUGGAGCUAAAUUCAUCAUUCUCCAUCAAUUGCUGUUGAUUGAAUUCCUAGACACCAUCUGCUACAAAAAGAACAAAGCAGGACUUACCAAUCUUGAGAAGAAUUUCUUGGCUGCAAUUCAAGAUGAGCCAACAAUUGUUGAACUGUUGCUACUCACCAUGUAUAACAUAGUCUUCAGCCACUUGUACAUGUGGUAUGUGCAUGGUCCUGGAGUAUGUUAG